GCUGUCGGCGGUCGGACCUGAAGCCGCUGGAUCGGGAAGGGAUGCGGGUGUCGAGAUCCUUCUGGAGGGGGCUUUGGGGAGGACGGGAGGUCGAGAUGCACCAGCCGCUACUGCCCUUCAGACUCUGUCCGCCCUCCUCCGACCCUACCCCUUGCAGAAAUGCCGGGACGUGGGGCCGCGCAGGGACCGAGCAUAUGUGACACCUGCGUUUUCUCGGUGGCUUCCACUCUCUCCCACUCCUUAUGCUGAUCUCCUGCCUUCCAGAUGUUUAUUUUCAUCAGUCUGUCGCUUCUUGCCUGGAAUAGGGUACUGGGAAAUUGGGAGACGGAUUUUCAAACCUUAGCCCUACCACUUCUGUGUUAAAAGUCCCUGAGCCACAGUAUUUCUUCUGGUACUAAGGAUCAGUAUGACACCAAUAAAAAGAAAGGAGAUGGACGUCUGUUGAAGUCCGGCAUGGUCGUGUUUACCGAGCAAACUGCAGCCCCAUCGAAUCCUCAUUACUUGGUGUUCUUAGAACUCCCAUUUCCCAUCUUAACUUCACUUAGUGAGCAGCAAGAGAGAUUCAUUCCUACCUAACUGGUUAGUUUAGCCCCACAGUAGGAACUUUGAACCCAGACGCUUCCGGUCUGGAUUCUGGUUGGACUGCUUGGCUGCCAAACUCCUAGACCCAGAUCAACUACUUCCUCUUUCCCAGCUGAGAAUUCUUUUCACAUCCCCUUUGCUAGUACGGAAUGGUGUUCCCUGCUUCUCCCUUGGUUAUUUCAGAAAUGAAAUAGAGCAAGCAUUUCUUAAAUGCUCUGAGGAGAUGCACUUUUUGAGUACAGAAUCUUGGGUUUUGAUCCUGGCGUUGCCACCUGAUGUGUGGCCUUGAGCAAGUUCAUUCUAGCUUUGGCUUGCCUUUGCCUAACAUGGGUGAGGGCCUUCUGACCUGCAGGCUCUUGUCCAGCUCUGCCUCACUGUCCUCCAGCAGGCACUCCACGGAGGCCAGGACCCCUCUGCUCCCCAUGGGCAGCUGCCAGGCAGGGCACAACCUGCAUCUCUGCCUGGCUCAUCACCCACCUUUGGUCUGUGCCACUGUGAUCCUGCUGCUCCUUGGCCUCUCUGGCCUGGGCCUUGGUGGCUUCCUCCUCACCCAUACAUCUGGCCUACGUAGCCCUGACAUUCCCCAGGAUUGGGUUUCCUUCUUGAGGUCUUUUGGCCAGCUGAGCCUGUGCCCCGUGAAUGGGACAGUCACAGGGAAGUGGCGAGGGCCUCACGUUGUCGGCUUACUGACUACUUUGAACUUCGGAGAUGGUCCAGAUAGGAACAAAACCCAAACAUUCCAAGCCAAGAUCCGUGGUAGUCAGAUAGGAUUGAAAGGGUCCUCUGCAGGAGAGUCUAUCCUUGUCACAGCCAGAGUCUCAGGAAGGAUUCCAGAGACCUGCCUCUAUUUCAGUGCUGGUCCAGAAAUCCUGCCCUCUAGCCAGCCCCCUAUAUCCUGCUCAGAGGAGGGAGCUGGAAAUGCUACCCUGAGCCCUGUGACGGGUGAAGAGUGUGUCAGGGUUUGGAGCCACGAACGCUUUGUGCUCACCAAGCUCCUUACUUCGGAGGAGCUCACCCUGUGUGGCACCAGACUACUGGUCCUGGGCUCCUUCCUGCUUCUCUUCUGUGGUUUUCUCUGCUGUGUCACGGCUGUGUGUUUCCAUCCGCGCCCAGAGUUCCACUGGUCUAGAACAAGGCUUUGAGGGUACCAGCCUGCUCCUUACUCUCUUCCCAGGUGAAGAACUCUUGGGCCUACUUCUGAGUUUAGAAGACCUGUUACAAAAAACAAAGAAAUGGAAUGUGGGGAAAUAAAUGGCUUUUUGACCA